AUGCUGUCCAUUCUCUCUGGAACCCACACUCCAUCUUCCAGCCGUCAUACCCCUCGUGGCAGCCCAACCGAAGAAACAAUGCCCUCCAGUAUUGAGCAUGUCUCCCAACCCCGGCGGCGGCGUAUCGUGGUCGCCAUGACCGGCGCAACUGGUGCAGUCCUGGGAAUCAAGUGCCUUAUCGCCCUCCGCCGCCUGAACGUGGAAACUCACCUGGUAAUGAGUAAAUGGGCCGAAGCGACCAUCAAAUACGAAACCGACUACCACCCGGCGAACGUCAAGGCGCUCGCAGACCACGUCCACAACAUCAAUGAUAUGGCUGCGCCGAUCUCCAGUGGUUCCUUCAAGGCUGAUGGAAUGAUCGUUGUUCCGUGCAGUAUGAAGACGCUUGCUGCUAUUCACAGUGGCUUUUGUGACGACUUGAUCUCUCGCACUGCGGAUGUUAUGUUGAAGGAGAGAAGAAGACUUGUGCUUGUGGCUCGGGAGACCCCUCUGAGUGAUAUCCAUUUACGCAAUAUGUUGGAGGUCUCUCGCGCUGGUGCAAUUAUUUUCCCGCCUGUGCCGGCGUACUAUAUCAAGGCCGCGUCUGUGGAUGACCUGGUUGACCAGAGUGUGGGGCGCAUGCUGGACCUGUUCGAUUUGGAUACAGGAGACUUUGAAAGAUGGGAGGGCUGGCAGACUGAGAAAUAG